CAAAUCAUUUUGUCACUAGCAAGCUCUGACUAGUAGGGACUGCUAAGAGGUCGAUGUUAAGGUGCAGGAGUGCCGGCACUCUGAGGAGAGUGCGCUCUGAUACUGAGUGAAAGAGUGCAAUAGUGAGAAGACAGCCUUACAGCGAAGCGACUGCAAAGUCAGACCAGGCAGAGACUUGAUGACAAGAGUCAGAUCCAUUCCGGCAGUUUCAGACCACUCCUUAACGUUUCGUGGACAUCUCUUUUAAAAGAUGGACUUGAAGGCGUCUGGACUCGCUUUUGUUCUUAAAACAUCACUUUAAGCUGGGUGCCUUUCUGUUCUAGAUCACCCGUGCUGUUUUCGUUUUCAUUCCAGUUUUGUAUGGCUCAAGGCAUGUCAAAGACGACUCGGGGAACGGUUGUAAGUCUACUGAGGAUUCUGGCUGUGAUGAUUUAGGGGUAUUCCUCACUUUUCAGUUUAAUGUUCUGCUUUUGAGAAACAGUGCUCCAGAGGUCUAGGAAUCCCACAUGCUGAUCUUGGAACCCUGUUCCUGGAUACUGCGUUAACAUCAUAAAUCGUAUUUGCAAAUAUAGGCAUUAUCUAGCAUGGGAUGUGUUUUGUAAUGAUAGUUCAUCUUUCUUGAUUUUGCUUAUUGUACUUUUUAAACUGAUUUUCCAUCCUUGGAGUGGUGCUUUUGUGUGCAUACGGUCAAAAAUCUCUACCAGUCAUCUUACCAUCUGAUUAUCUUAGGUUAAAUAUUCUGUGAGGACAUACUGGGAGGACAUACAGAUAUCACCAAGCUUUGUUUAAAAUUUUCUUAUCUUUCCAAUGAAAGUAAAAAGUUCAGGGUACAAGAGGUAUUAGGAUAAAUGUAAUAACAUUAUUCUAAAUGUUUUCUAGAUGUGCUGAAAUGUACAUAAGGAGCAACAAGAUCUCGAGAGACGUAUACUCGCUGGUUAGGGGGUAAUAGUCAGUCCCAGUGGGGCGCGUGGUGAGUCAUUCUGUCAGAUUGCGCCUCUGUGAGAUCCGUAAUUUUGUAAAUGGGCUUUCCUGGAAGGAGUCAGCAAGUGCGGUAAGUUUUGCAGGACUGAGCUGCACAUUUUCUGCUCACUGGGGGGAAGAUGACUGUGAGGCUGCUUUGAAGUUUUUUGGGGGUUUUGGGGGGGGGGAGUAGGCAGGAAAAAGCAGUGUGUCCCACCCCUUGUCCAGUCUGAAAAGCAUGAGCACGCGGAGGAUUUCAGAGAGAUCUUGUUUCCUUUAACUUUGUUAUGCGGCCCCACGCUGCACUCCAGAGACGCCCUCUGGAGAGCGCUGCAUGAGUCAAAUCGGCGAGGCAUCGUGCCAGUGAGACAGUGACUCAGUGACCGGCAAGGGUUCCGCGGGCGGUGAUUAGCGAGCAAGUCGCCGGUCCGUGACCGGGCUCCCGCUCCUCCAGACUUUGCGUGUAGUCCCGCAGUUUGCCAUCAGCACAGGUCAGCACCUCCUGGCUGGUAAUAGAGGAAAUAGCAGAGGUCAAAGAGGCGUCGGUACGAGCUGAGAGCUGCCACAGGCAGCGAGGCAGGGUGGGAGGGGGGGGUGCUUAAAAAGUGCCAGUGUGUUUCUACGCUAACGGAAGAUCAGCUGUCAUUAUCUCACCCUCCUGAGCGCGGAGCGUUCCUCAGUUCAGAGGGCACAUCUGCCGUAGACCAGUUACCAUGAAAGCCAGCUGCUGGAUGCUAGCAUUGCUGUGGUUGCUAGGCAGUGUGUGCCAGAGCCACGCCAUCUCCACCUGCAAGACCCUGGACAUGAACCAUGUGAGGAAGAAACGCAUAGAGGCCAUUCGGGGGCAGAUCCUCAGCAAGCUGCGGAUGGCCAAGGAGCCAGAGCAGGCCGAGGGGGGGCACCAGGCAAUCCCCGACGAUGUCAUGUCCACCUACAACAGUACGGUGGCCUACAGCGAUGAGCUUGCUCACCAAUCCCUGGAGUCGCCCUCUGGAGACACAGAAGACGAGUACUUCGGCAAGGAGGUGCACAUGUUCAACUGUGUGAGCAGUACUAAGAAUCAGAUGGUGUUCAACAUGAGUGCGAUCCGGGCCAGCGUGGGCAGCCAGCAGCUGGUGUCAUUGGCCGAGCUACGGCUCCUCAUCAAAAAGCCCACGAUGAGCGCGGACAAGAAGCAGCGGCUGGAGCUGUACGAGGGCCUCACAAAUGACACACACUACAUCAACCACCACUUCAUCUCGAACACCAUGAACGACCGAUGGAUUACCUUCGAUGUCACGAAGACCCUGACAUCAUGGCUGCUCAGGCCAGAAGAGGAACAGGAAUUCCAGUUGCAGCUGUACCGUGCCUGCGAGGAUAACACGGAGUUUCAUUUCAAAAUCUCAGGGAUGGGAAUGGAAGACUACAGAGGAGACAGCGGGGAUCUUGCUAAAUUUAUGCAGAAGCCCCACCUCCUUGUCAUGUCACUUCCUGCUGACCGACAAAGCCACAUAAACACUCGGAAGAAGCGGGAAAUUGACACAGAUGAAUUUUGCACAGAGAAAAAAGAGAACUGCUGUGUGCGGAGACUGUACAUUGACUUCCGGAAAGAUCUCGGAUGGAAGUGGAUCCACGAGCCUAGUGGUUACUAUGCUAAUUACUGCAUGGGUUCAUGCACAUACUUUUGGAAUACAGAAAACAAGUAUUCUCAGAUACAAAGUUUAUACAGACACCAUAACCCAGGUGCCUCCGCCCAGCCCUGCUGUGUGCCGAAUGUUCUAGAACCUUUACCCAUCAUUUAUUACGUCGGAAGACAGCACAGGGUGGAGCAGUUAUCCAAUAUGAUAGUGAAGACAUGCAAAUGUAGCUAAAAAUGUCCUCUCACUACAUCAGCUACUGCACUAUUUGGGCAAAAGUACUGCGACACCCAUAGUAAUUACAGGAACUGGCCCCAUAAGCCACACCCAUUGCUGACAUACAGGUGUAUAAUUAAGCAUACAGCUAUACAAUCUGCAACAUCAAACAAUGGCAGCAGAUUGGCGGUCA